AUGUCGCAGCAGAAUGAUGAUUUGGCCUAUGGCCACUACAACGACUCUUCCAGGGGUCUAGGUGACACCUUCAAGAAGUUCUACAAGAGCCACGGGAGCUCAUCGCAGCCGGGUCAACCGGCUCAGCCCUAUAACCAACCAUACAACCAGUCGGGAUCGCAAGGAGUAUGGUCAUCUCAACUUCAUCUGAAAUACAUAUCUAACAAUAGUUUUCAUCCGCAGACACACCAGGACCAAAACCAGCCCCCACAAUAUGGAUAUAGCAGUCAGACGCCUAAUCCGCAAUACCAACAACAUCACCAGGGACAGCCACAGAAGCAGGACAAACUUUCUGGUUUCCUGGGUAAGAUUCAAGGUACUGUCACCGAGUAUGGCUCGGAAUGGGCUGCCAAAAUCGGCAACACCAUCGAUCCCCAGGCCUACGCCCAGUACGGCCACACCAACCCGACCACCGAGAAUCGGUUCGGUAGCUUCGUGCCGCCCCGAGAGCACAACGAUGUAAAGUGGUACGUGGACGGUGCGAGCUAUUUCUGGGCCGUGUCUUGCGCUCUCGAACAUGCGCGGGAGUCCAUCUGGAUUUUGGAUUGGUGGCUCUCCCCCGAGCUUUACCUCAGACGCCCUCCGACCAAGAAUGAGAACUACCGACUGGAUCGUAUGCUGCAGGCAGCUGCCCAGCGCGGUGUACGCGUCAACAUCAUCGUCUACAAGGAGGUGACACAGGCCUUGACACUCUCCUCUUCUCACACCAAAAAGGCUUUGGAGAGUCUACACCCCAAUAUCGCCAUCUUCCGUCAUCCUGAUCAUUUACCGGAUGGACACCAGGUGGCAUCUGAUAUCGCAAAUGCAUUCCAGCACCUGUCGUUGGAUUCUGCCAGUCUGACCCGGAUGAACAAGGAUAAUCUGAAGGGCGUGUAUGGUGCGACCGACGAGAUGAUCCUAUACUGGGCCCACCAUGAGAAGCUCUGCUUGAUCGAUGGACACAUUGCAUUUAUGGGUGGACUGGACCUGUGUUUUGGUCGCUGGGACACAAACCAGCACGCAAUUGCUGAUGUUCAUCCAGAGGAUUUGAACGAGACGGUUUUCCCCGGCCAAGAUUACAACAACUCUCGCGUCUUGGAUUUCCAUAACGUUGCUCAAUGGGAGAGCAACCAGCUGGAUCGGAGGGUUUCUUCGCGCAUGGGGUGGUCUGAUAUCUCGAUCAGUCUGCAUGGUGCCGUGGUGGAGGACCUGCGCCGACACUUCGUUGAGCGAUGGAAUUUCAUCUACGAUGCCAAGUAUCAGUCUCGGAACGAUUCACGGUACGCAAGACUUGCUCUGUAUGGUCGACCUACCUCUGCGCCUGGUCAGCACCAAGGUGGCCAGCAGCAACCGUCACAGCAGCAGCAAACUCAGGCUGGAGGUGUGCCCACUUUCGCUCCACCCCCAACCAGCCAAGGCCAGCAGAGCCAGCAGAACCAGCCCUCGUGGCAGGCUGGAAGCACUCAUCCUUCUGGAGCUCAGCCCUCUGCUAGCCCACAGCCGCAACAGCAAUUGCAGCAACAACAGCAACCGCAGCAGGCGCAGACUCCAUCUUAUCAGCAGUAUCAGCCUGCUACAUACCCGCCUCCUCCCAGUCAGACACCUCAAACACCCGGGCAGGGCCAGCAACAACAGAAUACCUCCCAAUCCUGGCAGUCCGGAAAGACCGAUUACCUUCCUCAAGGACAGUCCCCAUCUCCAUCUCACACUCAACACCCUCCUCCUGCAUACUCCAGCAAUGCCCCCCACGAUCAUGGGUCGGCUCAGUACUCUUACACUGGAGACUCGUUCCCGCCUCCGCCCCCGGGUCCUGCUCCAAGCCAGUCCCCUGCAAACCCAUCCUACCACCAUCAGCAGCAGGGACAGACGUCCUACUACCCACCCACCUCCAACCUUUCAGAGCUACCGGCCCAAUCCGCUGAAAAUUAUGCGCCCCAUGGUCAGUCUCAGAGCCAACAGUCCUACUACCCAACCCAGAACCAGGCGUCGGGUACGCAAAGCCAGGCACAGGCUCAGGCACCUUACUAUCCGCCUCCACCGGGCCAAGAAUCUCAUUCUGCCACUCGUGGAUUGGAUGACCAGCAUCACGACAGCGAGCGUGGCUUUGUGCCACAGCGCUACCAGGAUAAGUUCUCUCAGUAUGCGAACCCGCAGCACUCUGACGGGGAGCGUGGGUUCGUGCCGAAGCGGUACGAGGAAAAGUUUAACAAAUACGUCAACCCACUUCGUGGACAGCUAGCUGGCCAGAUUCAUCAGUACCAAGAUCGCCUGACCGGCUACGGACGUCCAGCAUCACAGAGCCAAGGGCAUAUGUCUUGCCAGGUUGUGCGAAGCUGUACAAAAUGGAGUAAUGGUAGCCCUCUGGAGCAUUCCAUUGCCAACGCUUACGCCGCUGUCAUCAAGAACAGUUUGCAUUUUGUCUACAUCGAAAACCAGUUCUUCAUCACUGCCACUGGUGAUAAGCAGCACCCGGUGAAGAAUACGAUCGGUGCUGCUAUCGUGGAGCGCAUUCUGCGUGCUGCUCGCGCUGGUGAGAAGUACAAGAUCAUUGUGGUGAUUCCUUCGAUCCCCUCCUUCGCAGGAGAUCUCCACGACGAUGAAACCCUUGGCACGCGAGCCAUCAUGGAGUUCCAGUACAACUCGAUCAACCGUGGAGGGAACAGUAUCAUGGAGUUGAUUGCCAAAGAAGGCUACAACCCCAUGGAGUACAUUCGAUUCUACAACCUCCGCAACUAUGACCGAAUUAACAACGGAAAUGUCAUGGCUGCAGCGGAACAGCAAAGUGGUGUGAACUAUGGUGAUGCCAGUCAUCAAUACGACUUGAAUGCUUCUGCUCCUAUCAACUACAGCCAGCAGAAUUCCCCUGCUCCUGCCUCUACUAACUAUGGCCAAUCCCCUGCCCCUGCCACUUAUGGCCAACAGGGUACUCCUGCUCCUGCAAAUUAUAGUCAACAGGGUGCUCCUGCUCCUGCUUCUGCCAACUAUGGCCAACAAAGCUCCCCUGCUCCUGCCAAUUAUGGCCAACAGAGUACUCCUGCUCCUGCCUCCGCCAAUUAUAGUCAACAAAGUUCCCCUGCUGCUGCCAACUAUGGCCAACAGAGUGCCCCUGCUACUUCUGCUCAUCGGAGUGUUUUCGACCCCACUGCUCCAUUCCAGCAAUACCAACACGCUGCCCAGCAGGCUCCUGGGAACAAAACGCCUGGUGCUGGACGUUGGGACAGCGUCAGCUCGUGCUACAUGCUGGGCGGAGAAGACAUUCGCAACGUGCCCUGGAACGGUCACCCCGAUGCAGAGAUUGAUGCAUUCGUGAGCGAGGAGCUCUAUGUGCACUCCAAGGUCAUGAUUGCCGACGACCGCGUGGUCAUCUGUGGAUCGGCGAAUUUGAACGACCGCUCGCAGCUGGGAGAACAUGAUUCGGAGAUCGCACUUGUCAUCGAAGAUUUUACCCCAAUCCAGUCGACAAUGAACGGCCGGCCCUGGACUGCUAGUCGUUUUGCCUCAUCUCUCCGUCGCCAGCUAAUGCGGAAGCACCUGGGACUUCUACCCCCACAAGACUACCAGCGACCGGAUGCUAAUUUCGAGCCUGUCGGCGUCCCCAAUCAGUUUGACUUUGACUGUCCAGAAAGCAAGAUUGUGUCCGAUCCUCUCUCUGACACUCUGCAAAGUCUGUGGAAUUCGCGUGCCCACACCAACACGGAUGUCUUCCGCAAGGUCUUCCACGCAGUUCCCGAUGACAACGUGCGUAACUGGAACACAUACAAAGAGUUCUAUGAGUACUACUUCCAUGGAGCUGAUAGGGAGGCCGAGGGCAAGGGCGAAUUCGGCCGACCGGCACGGUUCCAGUGGGGCCACGUUGUUCGCGACAACUUCCCCCUGGUCCCGAUGGCGCAAAGCAGGUCAAAGAACUGCUUAGCCAGGUCAAGGGUACUCUGGUGGAGAUGCCUUUGA